AUGAUUAAAGAGGAACUAAAUUUUAAUGGGCGGCUAGAGAAGCUAAUAUCACAUGUACUAAAAAAUAUAGAUAAUGAGCCAUAUAAAUUUGGAGAUAAUGUGAAUAAAAAUGUAUAUGCGCCAUUUUAUGAGAUAUAUGGGAAAGAAAGUCAUAUAGAAAAGUUAAGUUAUAAUGAGAUUUUAGAAAAGCAUAAAGAUAAAAAAAAUAUCCACAAAUAUUUAUUUUAUAUGUUUGAAUAUGUUCACAAUAAGAUAAAUAUAAGUCAUAAUAUAAAAUAUGUAAAUUUUUUAUAUCUUAUUUUGAGAUAUAUUACAUAUUUUUGGAUGUUUUUAUCAAAUAAUGAUAAAUUGGCUUUAGUUUUUUAUUAUCAUUUUAAGUUUGCAGAACUAUUAUUUAAUUUGAAAAUCCUUAAAUUUUCGUAUUUUUUAAAUAUAUAUGGUGUACAAAUUUUUUUCAAUAUUAAAGCUAAAUUAAAAAUACAAUUUUUGACAAAGGACAUAAGUGAGGAAUCUGCAAGCUCCUUAAUAAAAGUCGUUAUAUCAAAUUUAAAUAAAAUAAUUUUAUUAGAAAAUAAUAAUAUUAUUAGCAUUUUAAAAAAAUAUAAUUUUAUUAAAUUUAACAAGACAAGUGUAAUUAGUAAUAUAGGUACAGAUAAUAACACCCACAUAGACAAUAAUAAAGAAGUAAAUAAUAAUGAUGCUUCAAAAAUAAAUAAAAUUUCGAAAGGGGAUGAUUCCUCUAAUAUACAAGCAGAAAGUAGUUUAUAUAAUUAUUUAUGGAUAGGUUACUUUGAUGAAAAUGGCAAAAAUGACAAAAAUGACAAAAAUAUAUUGAAUGGAAAUAGUUAUAAUACUCAUAAUAUUGAAAAAAAUGGAAAAACGUCUAAUAAUAAAAAAUCAUAUUCUUUACUAUUAAAACAUGACAAUAUAAAAAAUAAAUAUAAUAAUAUAUUAGGGUUUAAUGCUCUUUCAAUUAAUAGUGCCUAUAAUAUAUUUUUAAACUUUGUUCAAUUAUUUUUUAAAAUAACAUUCUACGAUAUUAAUACAUUUUUACCGUGUCUAAAUAUAUUUAAUUUAGAUAAUUUUUUGAUUUAUUUUCAUAUUUACGAAAUACUUUCAUAUCUUGAAAUUCUGGAAAAAAAAAACACAACAAAUGAAGUUUUGAAAGGCACACAAAUUGUAUCAGGCAAAUCUGAUAAAGAUAUGGACAAUGUUUACAAGUCUUUGGGUCCCAAGUUAGUUGGAGAAUACAACAAAGAAAAUUUAGUCAAUGAUUGUGUUUUUUUAAAUGUUAAUAAAAAUACUAAAAAAAUAUUAUGGAGUAUUAUGUUUGAUGAAUUACGAAAAGCAUUUUGUUCAAAUGUGAAAAAUGUAAAUUAUACAUUAAAAAUUUUUAAGUUGACUUUUAGUUUUUUUUUGUUUGAUGAAAACCAAACAUUAAAAUAUGCAAACAGUAUUGAACAGUCUGAAGAGUUUGUAAAAAAAAAAGAAUAUAAUUUUACAUUUAUAUCUCAAAUAUAUUUUAAAGAAUUGCUAAAAUUUGCAAUAUCUUUUAUUAACAGUUUAAGAUACUCAAAAUCAAUAACAUAUGAAAUAGUGUAUAAAGCUAUUUCAUACGUAUUUUAUAUGAUAUCAAAAUUAAUAUGUAAUUCAAAUAAUGAUAAAAAAAAAUAUAUUUUGGUUAAUAAUGAAAGUAACUUGAGUCUUAUAUACCUCAUUUCAUGUGUGUAUAAAUAUUUUAAGAAAUUGUAUAUCGAUAAAAAUGAAUUGGAAAAUGGUGGGGAAAACAAUACCAAUAAGGGAGCUAUGGAUAAAAAAAAUGUGAAUAAAAAAGAAUAUACUAAUAUAGACCAUAAGAACAAAUUAAAAUACUCUUUUGUAUUACUAGAAAAAGUUUAUCAAAAAGUACAGGAAUGCUUAUAUAUUUCAUUAACAAUAGAUGAAUUUGUUCAAGAACAAACAAAAGAUAAUAUUCCUUCAAUCGAAGAAAAUAUUAGAAAUAGCUCUAAAAAGAAUAUUCCAGAAGAUUACAUAAAUGUAUGUAAUUUAUAUGCUUGUUUUAUUAUAAAAUUAAAUAAGAUAAAUAUGUUUUACUCUAAUUUGGAUAUUAUAAAAAUUUUGAUGGAAAAGGACAAAAAUAUAUACAGAAAAUAUAUAUAUACUAUAAAUAAAAAUAAUGAGAAUUUUAUCCGAUUUGUUUCCUUUUUACUUAAUAUACAUUAUGAAGAAAAUCAAAAUGAUUUGGUCUUAAAAAAAUAUAUAGCAAAUUUGAAAGGCCCCAAAAAAUAUAAAAGUAAAAAACUGAUUAAAAUUAUGAAACCUUAUCAUUCCCCAUUAAAAUAUAUCAUUCUGAAGGAUGAAAUGCAUGAAGAUGAAGAGAAAAAGAAAAAAUACAAAGAAAAAACAAAAAAUAGAAAAAGAAGUGAAAACAAAGAGGGACGCAUAAGUGAGUGUGAACAGAAUCAAAGCAGAUUUAAUAAAUCUAUAAAAUCAGAAAUCACACUUAAAAAUGUGUCUAAUAAACAUAAUUAUCGUAGUAGUAUUUUUCAAAAUGAUGAAGACUAUUUGUAUAAAGAAAACAACCCUUUCAAAGAAAAAAUUGAAAGCGAUGAAAAUGAUUUAUUCCGAAAAUGUUCCUAUAAAACAAACAGAGGGGAUGCAUAUAGCGAUUCGAACAAUAGUGAUGAUAAUAAAAAAACAAGUAGUGAAAGUAACAGUGAUGAUAGUAUUUCUAAUGAAAACAUAUAUAGUUCAGAAAAUUUUGGUAAUAUGGAAGAAAAUAUAAGAUAUAAACGUGAUAUGCUUCUUCUCGAAAAUUCUCUAUUUAGAAUCGAUAAAAAUAUUUUGAAAAAAAUAAAUAUCGAUUUUCUAAAUGUGUGUCAUAGCAUUAUUUUAUCCGUCAAAAGAUGUAUAAUAAUAUCUGAUAGUAUUUAUGAAUAUUUCAAAAAAUAUGAAGAAUAUGAUCCAAAUUUCAAUAUAUAUAUUUGUAAGAAUAUUUUUUCGAAUUUUUUAAAACUUAACUUUUUAAAUAUAAGUAUAUUUUCAUAUGUUUGUGUUAAAUUGGGAUAUGAUGAUAUUUUAAAACAAAUGUGCAACUCAUCUUUAAUAUUUUUGUCUUAUAGCAUAUUUGAAAAAUAUAUCAAUUUUGUAUUAAAUCAAGAUGUGGAAAAAUUAAAAAAACAUAAAAAUAUUUUGCAUUUUAGCACAAACAAGCUAAGAAAAACAGAAAAAAACAGUAUUAUGAAAGGAAAAGGUAUCGAGAACAAAAACACCGAUAAUGAUGGUGGCACGAAAACAGUUAGUUCUGCUACCAAUUCUAUAUAUUCACAUUUAUAUCUUGAAGAUAUAUAUGAAAUAUUAAAAGAUAGGGAUCAUGAUUCAUGUGAAGAUAUGUUUUUAUCAGAUAAAGAUGAAUUUACAGAAACUUUAUAUUUAAAUGCUCUUUUAUUUGUUAUUAAUGUAAUAUCGAUAUGGGAAAUGUAUUUAGAAAUACCAAUAGAAGUAUUAAACAAAAUGAAAUAUACAUUUUUUGAAUUAUUUUAUAAUACUACAAUUAAAAUUAUACAAUUUAUUAAAAAACGUAAUGGAUACUAUUUUAUAUUAAAUAUAUUAAAAUUCGUUUAUUUCAAAUUUAUAAGUUUACCAUUUAAUCCUAUUAAUACUUACACAUCAAUUAAGUUAUAUGACUUUUAUGAAUUUCUAAUUAACGAAAAUUCUCCUCCUAUACAAAAUAUUGAUAAUAAUCCAUUUGAUGAUGAAAAAAUAAAUAUAAAUUCUGUUAGUCCAAUGAAAUUUUUGAAAAACGCUUCAAAUUAUGAAAAUAGAGAUGAAUUCACAUCGAAUGUGGAUGAUAAUAAACAAUUCAGCAUAAGGAAAACCACAUGUCCAAACAAUUUAUAUUCUGAUAAAAUAAAUAAGAAUAUACACGAUAUUUCAAAUUUUAACAACUUAAGUGUUAGUAACAAAAAAAAGCGAAUAAGUAUGGGAGGAUUAGUUCCUGUAUUUUUAAAUAAUGAAGAUUCAGAAACAGAAAAAGAAAAAGAAAAAAAAAAAAAACGGAAAACAAAUAAUGAUUAUUUAUUUUAUAAUAGCAAUCUAGAUAAAGAUCCUGAAAAACUUUCAAUAACUCCUUCAAAAAUAAAUGUCUUAUUCAACAAUAAUGAAAAUUUAUUUACUAGUGUUAAUAAAAAUGACCAACAAAAUUAUUAUGAAAAUAAUAACGAAAUGACACCUAGGCGUAGUAAUUAUAAAAAUGCAAAUGAGCAGUUUAGCUUUAUUGAUGAUAGUGCUAUGCAUGUAACACCACGAAAUGAUUUUUCGAAUUAUGCAGAUGAAGAUAAGGGGGAUCAGGCUUGUAAUAAUAUUAAUAACGAAAAGAAUAACACAAGUAUUUAUAGGAAUACGUAUUUGAACAAUUAUUACAUACCUCAUAUUGACCUUCUGUUUAUUAUUUUAGAUAUGAUCAUAUAUUAUUAUUUUGAUAAAAGAAAAUAUAAAAAAAUAAUAUUAAUUGUUAAUAAUUUGUUUAAUAAUAUCAUUAGAAAAUGCGAUUAUAACACAAAAGAAUAUUUAAGGUCGUCUAUUUCAUAUAUUUAUAAUUAUUACCAACAAAUGAAUAUAUGCAAUAACAAAAUAAAUCCACAUUGUUGUAUGGUUAUUAAACAUCUUUUAUCUAUUUAUACAAAAGCAAAAAUAUGUCUUUUAAAUAAAAAAAUUAAGAAACACUUAUCUUAUGUAAAAGAAAAAAGUACAGAUGAUGAAUCUAUGAAAUUAAAUUAUAAUGAAUUUUAUAUAAAUUUUAUUAACCAUAAUUAUUGGAAAUAUAUAUUUUAUUUUGAUAGUAUAUCAAAAAUUGAUUACCAAUUUUAUAAUAAUGAACAAAGUGGUAAUCAAACAAAUACACACACACACACAAAAAUGACAAUGAUUAACAAUUUGUUAUCAAUACAUAUAAAUACGUUGCUUUUUGCAAUAUUAUAUGAUAAUUUGUCAAAAUAUGUUACUCAUAAUUUUAUAUUUUUUUUUAAAUUCUUAACAUUUUUUUAUAACAAAGUAUGUAUAGAUAUCUUGAAUUUAAUCAAAAGUUCACAUAAUUUGGAAUUUAAUAUAUAUAAUUUUGAAAAUGAUAUUACUUAUCCAAAUCAGGACGAGCAUAUAUUAAACAAGUUAAGAACAUACUUAUAUAAAGAUAAGGGUGUAAUGAAGGGAAGUAGUAUCGAUGUUUCUCCAUACAAAAUUCAAGAUAUAGAUAAAACCAUAGAAAAAACUGACAGAAAUAUAAAAAAGGAAAAAAUUCAAAAAGAUAAAAAAAAACAUAUUAUUCUUAUGGAUAUUGACGAAUUGCUCAUUACAUAUGUCCACAUAAAUUUCAUAUUUUCGAGAUAUUGCUGCUAUGUUAUGUUUUUUAAAAAUAUAUAUGCUCAAAAAUAUGAAAUUAUAUUUAAGCGUAAUGCUACGAAUGAUUAUUUUACUAAAUUUAAAAAUAAUAGAGAUUUUUUUGAUUUCUUUGAAUUUAAAGGACAGGAAAAAGGAAAUGAUAAAAAAUGUGUUGACGACAAAUAUGAAGAUAGUAAAUAUAGUAAUGAAAUUAGUGAAAAAACAAAGCAAAUACCUUCAAUAAAAAUUAACCAUAAUAGCAAAAAUAAUGCGAUAUCCUAUUCUUAUAAAACAAUUUUGAACGAAAAUGAAGAUCUAAGCAAUUCUGAUAAUACUAAUGAUUCUAAAUCUACUAGUAUUUCAGUAGAAUAUAAAAACGUUUCAAAAGACUUAGAUUAUGUGUUUUUAGAGUUCAUUUUAGAAAUUAUAGGAUGCAUAGAUAUAUAUGACAUCUAUAAAAAGAUCCUAAAAAAUUGCUACUAUGUAAUAAAGGCAGAAAUGUUUUAUAAUUAUAUUUACAAUAAUAUUGAAUCGCUAAAAAGAUUUUCUUAUCUUAACAAUGUCUAUCAUUUAUAUAAGUUAUAUUACUACAUUUUUGUCUGGCCCAAUAGUGGCAAAAUUCACAACAAUUCCAUUUGUAAAAACUCAGAUGCUACAUAUUCAGUUGAAACAAAUGGAAUGUGUAGAAAACAUAACGAAAAAAGGGAUCGGAUUAAAGAAAAUAAUGAUAUUUUUUAUAUUUUUGAUCUGAAUAAUGUAUUGAGAGAAAAGUUUAGUAAAAAAUAUAUAAAACUUAUGAAUGAAAAUGAUUCUAAUUUAGACUACACAACUGAUCGUGGAUGGUCUAGUGACAAUACUUCUCUUAUAGAUGAGAAUAAGGAUGUGGGCAAAUACAAAAAAAAAAUAUUGGAUAAUAAAAAAACAUUGCACCAUUUAAACAAAACUAUAAAUAAAGAUGAAAAUUUUGAUGAUGAAAAGGAUUAUUUUUUAUGUGGCAUAUAUAAUUUUAAAUUGAAGUUAUAUCACCCUAAUUACAAUGAAAUGGAAAAAUAUAUUGGAAAUAUUAAAAAAGACGAUAUUUUUAGUACUUUAUUAAUUAUUAAUAAAAAUUAUUUAUUGUCUUUAAAAAAAAUAUAUACAAAGCUAAAUAAAUAUGUUUAUAAUUAUAUUUUAAGUCUUUAUUAUAUAAUUUUAUAUUUUUAUUUUGAUGACCAUAUUAUAAUUAAAAAAAAACUGUCUAUUUAUUACAUUAUGAAUAUGUUUCAAAAAAAAUAUAAAUUAUUUUAUAGCAAACUUUUUGACAGAGAAAACGAUCUUCCAUUAUUUAAUCAAACUACUCGUACUCCAAAUUAUUCAUCUUCUUCAUCUGGUUCAUCUUUUUUCAAUUCAUCAUCAGAUUCUUCUGUCUCAGAAUCGAUUAAUCAAUCACCACACUCUUAUGAUAAUACGCUUGAUAAUAGAGAGAUAAAAUUAAACGAGAAAAAAAGUGAUUCAGAAAUAUUUUUCAAAUUAUUUAAAGUAAAAGAUUUAAAAAAAAAUAUAUAUCUGAUUUUUGAAAUUUUUAACAAUAUAUACGAUGAAUAUUAUGGGGACAUUUAUAAUAAUUCAAAUAUUGCCAAUCAUAUUGUAACAAAAAUAGAUAUAGAAAUAAUUGCGUAUUUUGGAGAAAUAUACCAAAUAACAUAUAUGUAUAAAAUGUAUAAAUAUUGCAUACAUCUUUUGAUAUUGUGCAUUAUUUUCACAUCGAAAAUUUGGCUAGUUUAUAUAUUUAGCGAAAAAACUCCGUCCAAUCAAUUUGAUAAGAAUGAAAAUGAUUAUAAAGAAUUUUUUGGAUUAUAUUAUCAUGGUCAAGAUGAGGAAAAAAGGAAAAUAAACUCAAAUGAAAACAGUAUUAACACGAAAAAAAGAAAGAGCAAAUAUAAUAGAAAUAGUAUAAUAAAUAUGGAUAAAAACAAUAUUAAUACGAAAGAUAAGAAAAUUGAACAUGUAUUAACGAAUAAAAGAACAUAUAUACUAGAUAUUGUAUAUAAAAAAAUUACAGAAAAUAUAAAUGACAAUAAUAUUAAAGAGAUAUAUAAUAAUCUACACAAUUAUAUGCAACAGUUAAUUAUGUGUACAUCUAUAUUUUAUAUAACAUUUAUUUGCUUUGAAAAUUUAUAUAAAAAUAAAUGGAAUUUAUUUUUUUUAAACUCUGCAAAUAUUCUUUAUCUUUAUUAUGUCGAUUUUAGUGAAUAUGUGAAAAGUUUUUGUAAAAAAUAUUGUGAUGAUCAAUUACAUGUCUCCAAUUUAUUUAUUGAUCAUUUCCAUUUGGACUUGAUCAAUUUGAAAUUUGAGGCCUAUGUCAAGAGCAGCUCUUAUAAGACAAUGCUAAAACAGAGGACGAACAAAAAAGAGGCAUCAGCAAAAAAUAAUUUAGAAAAAAAAAUACAAAGUUUGGGAUUAAAUUCCAAAUAUACUGAUGCGAUAAAUGGAAAAUAUUCAAAAGAAAGCAAUACUACUAUGAAAUAUCAUAAUAAAGACAUGACACAGUUGUAUGAUGACAAAUUUAAUGAUCAAAGCAAUGAUUCCAGAUACAUAUACACAAAAAAUGAACAAGAUAAAAUGAACAAUAAUAUGAUUACAUGUUAUCAUGAGAAUGAAACAGAGAAUAAAUAUAAAAAUGGUAACUUAGAUAAGAAAAAUACAAAUUGUGAAGGAAAUGAUAAUAUAUAUUCAAAAUAUUUGUUUUUGGAUUAUUACGAUAAAAAUGGGAUAAAAGGUUGUAUAAAAAGCUUAAAAAUUAUAGAGCAAAAAUAUCAAGACAAUUUAAUGGAAUUUGUCCAAAAUAAUAUUUGUUUAUAUUUUAAUGUUAUAAAAUAUUUAUACAAAAAAAAAAAAAAAUAUUUAAGUCUUCCUAUAUAUAGUAAUUCUCAUAUAAUUUCAAUUAUAUCAAUGAUGAAAUUUUCAAUGGUAAAUUAUUUUACCAUAUUUAAUGUAUCUUGCACUUUUAUGUCUCUUACCUUUGAGCGUCCAGUAUAUGAAUUUGAUGGUGAAAGUAUUGAUAAGUUUAAAGAUGUAAAAAAAAAAAAAAAAAAAAAUGAUUCAAAAAAAAACAAUAAUAAUAGUAGUUGUAAUAUCCUAAAGUCGAUGAAAAAGCUUUAUUGUAAUAUGUUUUUAAACAAAGACAUUUUUAGUAAAAUAAAAUUCAUAAAUACUUACUAUAAAAAAUUAUCAAAAAUUUUGUAUAAAAUAAACAACUUUUUUCUUAGUUAUGACUAUUUAAAAAAGGGAGUACUAUUUGUGUGUAGUUUAAUAUACUAUCCCGAAAUUAUUCAUAAUUAUUAUUUAUUAUCGAAUAUUAUCUUAGCUAGUGGUAAAGAAAGGAUUGAGUUGUUAACACAAGAAGAAAUGUUUUUCGAAAAUUUAAAUAACGAUCUAGCUAUAUAUGGAAAAAAUAAUAAUAUUAAUCAGGACAUAGAAUCUGGAUGUGAUGAAAAUGAAAGGGAAAUAACAAAUGUAAAGGAUUUAAAAACUUAUGAAGAUCAAGAUUUUUAUAAUAUUAAUUAUAAUAAAACUCCUAUAAAUACAUAUUUAACUAAAAAAAAUGUAUAUGAAUAUAAAAAUUUAUUAACUAGGUUUCUCGACUAUUUAAAAUUUUUAUUAAAAAAUCCUGAUCAUAUGAAUAUUUUUUCCAUAAAAUAUAAGCGAGAAAUUUUACAUAUUUAUUCUUUAUUUGUAUUUAAAAAAAGACAAACAAAUCAUUACAUAGGUAGUAAUAAAAAACUGAGCAAUACUAGAAAAAAUGAUUACGUUUCCGAAAAAUCUGUUGAUAAUUUUAAUAUAAUCGAUAAAGAUGAAAGUAAUAAUGAAAAACUCGGAAAAAGGACAUUUGCAUAUUAUGAAAAAACAAAAGAAGAACAAGAUAAACAAAUAGGAAACAAAGAAAAAUUAAAUACCACAUGCACUGAUAAUAAUUACAAUGUGGAAGGAAAUAACUUUGUUGAAAAUAUAUUAAAAUGCUUUAACAAUUGUAAAGAUAAAAAGAAGGAAAAACGAAUAUUUUUUAAUUUUUUUUGGGAAAAUUUAUUCCUUAUGAAUAACAACGACACUGAUUUAUUUAACUCCAUAAUUGACAACGAGGAUAAAAUAGCACACAUUGUAACCACGUAUGCAGUUAAAGAUAUGAACAAACUUAAAAUCAAGAAUAUUGAGAAGGAUUGCGUAUAUUUUAAUAAUCACUUUGGUAAAAAUGGGUCCCAAAGGAUAAUUAGCAAUAAUAAAAGUCAUGAUAAAAUGAAAAAAGUAGACAAUAUUAAACCAACAAAAUAUGAAGAAAAAAAUAAAAAUGGUGAGGGUAAUUGCCAUUACUUUAGUGAUUUUAUAGCAUCAGACAAAUCAUUUAAAUUAAACGAUAUGUCAGUUUUAAAUUAUUUGUAUUUAAAUUAUGAAUUUGAUAAAAAUAUAACAUAUUUAAAUAAUUAUAUAAAUAAUAGAUUGUUUACUUAUAAAUGUAAAAGAAUGAAUUCCUAUUUUAUAAAAAUAUUAUUAUAUUAUAUAAAUUUAAUAUUUUUAAAAAUAAAAAAUAUAUUUUGUGAUGACUGUAUAUAUACAAUAAAAAAACAACAGUCCCUUAAUUCAUCGGCUAAUAAUUGCUCUUAUAAUGUUUUUUUUUUCUUGUUCUUAAAUAUUAUUAAUAGAUUUAAUCUAUCAAAAGAAAAAUUAAAUUCAAUAUUUAAUAAUUAUUUUCCAGGAAACACACACUGUGGCAUGUAUGCUAAUAUAUUACAAAAAAUAGAAAAUGAACGUUCAGAAUAUAAUACUUCAAAAUAUGGGGAUACUACUAAAGACAAAUAUAUAUAUUUAGAUAGGAACAUCUUAAAUAAUAAAAUGAAUAUUGAAAAAAAUGAUAAAAUAAAUAUUGAAAAAAAUGAUAAAAAAAAAUAUACAAAAUCAAAUGAAAACGACAAAUACCACAAUAAUUAUAACAAAGAAAUGUUUCUUAAAUUGGUAGAUAUAUUUUUAUAUCCAGAAAAACGUUGCAGCUACUUCGAGAUACUAACAAUUUGCUAUCAGUUCUUAAUUAAUAUGAAAGAUCCAAAAAAUAAAGUUCAUAGAAAAAAAUUUAAAGGUAAAAUGUAUCAUCUGUUGAAAAUUAUUAUUGAGAACAAAGCAAAAAUAAAACAAACUUUUCUUUGCAAAAAUAUGGAAAAGGAAAACAAUAACUUCGAAAAUAGUGGUUUUGAUCAUAAAAGCGUAAAUGAAAUAGACAAUACAAAUGAAAGCACAAUUUUUCACCUACAAACAGCUUUAAUAUAUUUAUCUCUAGCAUUGUAUAACACAUAUAAAAAGUCUUUUACGCAUGAAAUGCGAAAAGUUGCUCAGUUUUUUUUAGAUUUUAUUUUUUUCUUUAUAGAGAACAUAAAAAAUAGUUUAAUCAUACUGCAAAUAAUUGAAUCAUAUUCCAAGGAUUAUAUUUAUACCGAAAAUAGUAAAAAUAACAAUGAUGACAAUGUGACAAAAACAAAAAAAAACAAUAUUAAUGUUUUUGAUAAUGAUUAUUAUAAUAGUGAUACUAAAAUGAUUAUAUUUAUGGUGAAAUUCUAUUUUAGGAAAUUAUUAUCUUUACUUUAUUUAUAUACAGACGAAUUAAUAUCAUAUACUAUUAAACACAAUAUUGAGCAUGAAAUAUCUGCAAAAGAAUACUUUAGGAAAACACAUCCGUUUUAUCUAUCUAUUGAUAAUAUAUGUAAUUAUGAUGAUUCUAUAUAUUCAAAAGAAUUAAACGAGUGUUGUAUUUAUUGGGACUAUGCAAUUAUAACAAUGAGUCAUGAUAAAUGUGAUUUAUAUAUUGCAAGAUAUUUUAAAAGUUUUUUAUUACUACUAUCCCAUUUUGUUAAAAAAUCUGCAGAAUGUAAAAAUACUUAUGAAGAAAAUAUUUUAUUCGACAAUAAAUAUACUAACAUUAAUAAUUUGACAACUACUUCUAUAAAUGAUGAAUAUAAUGUGGAUACUCUAAAUACUAAAGACAGUAUAUACUAUUUUAACAAUGCAAUUGAUAAUCUAUUCAAUACAUAUAAUAAUAUCGAAUCUUUUGAAAAUAAUAUUUGGAAUGAUAAAAAUGUCAUAUUUGAAGAUAGAGAUACAAUUAUUUCAUUAGUUGGUACAGCUCAUUGGUAUUUAAGACAAAGGAAACGGGAAAGAGAACUACGAGAAAAAAAACAAAUAAUACAAGCAUCUACAAAUUCUGAUAAAAUAUCUUCAAUUCUAUGUCCCAAAAUAAAUGUAGAAAAUGAGAAUUUUCAUAAAAAUUGUGACAAUGAAGGCGAAAAAAAAAAAGUAAAAACAAAGCAAAACAUAAUAAAAAAUAACAACAUUAGUAAUGAUAAUAGUGAUUGCGAUAAUGAUACAUACAUGGAAAAAAACAAAUACAAAAAUAAUAGAAAUAUAUUUUUUAAUUUUGAUCAGUUUUAUUAUAUGCCAAAUGAAUAUAAUACAGAUUAUUAUUCAAAUGAUAAAUACAAAAGCAAUUUUCAUAACAAAACUAACAUCGAUCAUAAUAGUUGUGAUAAGAAAAAUAAGGUUAUAAAAGAAAACCAAAAAAUAACAGAUAAAUUAUUUCAAUUUUAUUACACCUUUAACGAGGCUAGUAAAUGUAUUAAUGUAAAAAAAAAUGAAUAUGUGCAUGUAGAUAAAAUCAAUUUAAAUAUAGAAAAAUACACAUUUGACGAAAAAUGGAAUUAUAUAAAAAAAUUAGAAAAACUUUUAAAACAAUAUCAGCAUAUGAUAAAAAUUUUAUGUGAAAUUUUAUAUGUAACUAAAAAUAUUAAUAAAGAUAUAAUAAAUUUAAAAAUGUUUAUAGAUUUAUGGUGGAAUAAUAGAUAUACAUUAGAACAUCAUUUAAAAUUGCUAAAUUUAGAUAUAUCAAAUACCUUAGGUUUUUCUAUACAUAAAUUAAUGUCUACUCCAUUAAUUUCUAUCAACAUAAAAAGAAAUAUUACAUUGCAACAAAAUUAUAAUAUUAAUACUAGUCAGUCAAUUGAAACUAACGAAGGAUCUAAUAUUAAAUUACAUAAUGAUGAAUCAUAUAAUAAUAUAUCGCUAGUUAAUAAUCAAAAAUAUUAUUUGAAGACAAAUUUUGACAUAUUUGUAAUUAUUUAUUAUUAUGCUCAUAUUUUGAAUAUUAUUUCUUGGAUUAAUAAAUGGAAUUCCUUUUUUCUUCCUUUUAAAUAUUGGGAUAAUGUAAAUAUUAUAAACGUUAUAAUAAAUUUGACAAUUUUUUCAAUCAUUAUGAAAAAUUCAAAUAUCCAUAUUUCAAAGGUAAAGCAAAAAUAUAUAACAGGAAAUACUCGAAUUAAGACGUCGAAAAUUUCAAGUAAUAUUAAAGGGGAAGAUUCUAAUGAGGACGAGAAAUUUAGUAAAGAAAAAAGACCAAAAAAAAACAUGCGAGAUUCUAUGUUAGAUAGUAAGGUAAAAAAUUCCGAUGAGAAUAGUGACGACAAUAAUAAUAUUACAAUUGAUGUAGACACAACACAAAUCGAAAAGAAAGUUAUAACAUCAUAUUUGCCACUUACAAAUAAAGACAUUGAAAGUGUCUUAUUAAAUGAUCAAAAAAAACAACGAAGAAAAACUUCUAAUGAUACUACAAAUCAUGAAUAUCACAAUAAAAAAAAAGGAGGGGAACAUAUACUUAUGCAGAAUUUAAAAAAUUAUCUUCCUCCGGGUGAAUAUGACCCAAUUAAAAGCGAAUUUAUUCAAAAUAUGAUAGAAAAAUCGGAUAUGUUUAAGAAAUAUAAUGACUUUAAGCAAUUUACCAAUACAUCAGAAGAUGAAAAAAGCGAUAAAACGAACACAGCUUUACGCAUUUUUAAUAAAGAUGCUAAAAAGGAGCGAAGGAAAACGACAAAUAUAAAUAAUACUAAUAAUGAUGAAGUAAAAAAACAAUUCCUAAAUAUUUAUUCUAUUAUAGAUGAAGAACAAAAAAAAUUACAAAAAAUGUCAUCAAAAAUUUAUGAACAGUUAAAAAAAAAUGGAAAUAAUAAUUUGGGCAUAGUAACGAAUAAAAAGGAACAUGAUAAAUUGCUAAAAACAUUAAAAAGAAUGACGAUAUGUGGAAAUGUAAAUUUGAAUCGUAAUGAUAGUGAUAAAGAAGAUGUUUUAGGAGGUGUAAAAGAUAAUACUUUUUAUUUGAAUUAUUUAGAUCUACAAAAAAAAUGUGAAAAAGGUUUAAUACAUUGCUCUUUUUUAAAGUUGAGAAUGUAUUUAUAUAAUAUAUUAAAUGUUGUAUUUGAAACUAAUAAUGCAAAUCCAAAUGAUAUUUUUAAUAUUUUUAAUAAAAUUACUCAUUCGUUUAUUGUUGAUGUUAUAAAAUGUGAUAUACACAAGGAUAAAAAUGAUAGUGAAAAAUUUAUAUAUUCAAAAACCGUCGACCAAAAAAUGAUAAGAAAAAACCCAAUUAUUAUAUAUUUACAUAAUAAUUUAAAUAGAAUUCCUUUUGAGAACUUACAGCCUUUAAAAGAUUCUUAUAUAGUUCGUGGGGUGCAAAAAAACGUAACUUCUUAUUUAUACGAUCGUCUAUUAAGACAAAUUAAUGAAAAUGAAAUUGAAAAAAAGGAAAAAAAUAAUUAUAGUAUUUCUCAUUUGAACAUAAGUACUGAGGGAUAUACAAAUUGUGACAACGAUAAAAAUGUUGAAAGUGAUGAAAAUGUUGAAAGUGAUGAAAAUGUUGAAAGUAGCACUAGUUCCAAUAAAAAUAAAUAUGAUAAUAACCAAUUUGGUAAGAAUUACAUGGCAAGAAACUGCCCCCCAAAACGUGAAACUAUUAAUACGUACAAAAAUGAACAAGCAAGAAAAUCUAUUUACAAAGCCUCAAAAUAUUUAUCAGAUAUAAAUGGUAAAUCAAAAGAAACAAAUAAUAUUGACGAUAAAUAUGAUAAAUUAAAAGAUAAUCUAAAAAAUGAAGAAAAUAUUUUCAAUGAACAAUAUAUGAAAAAGACAGGUCAUUUUGUGUUUAAUUAUGACACGCCAAAUAAGAAAUAUGACAAAACAGACAUCGGAAAAAACUUCAGUGAACAUUUUGACGAUAUAAAAAUACCAUAUACCAAUAAAGAUUAUAUUAGUAGUGAACAUGAUCAAACAAAGAGCGAUGAAAAACAUAUAAAAAUAACAAAAACUGUUCAGAAUAGCAAAAAUAAAUACAAUUUUAUUGUUACAAAUUAUGAAAAGGAGGAAUCCCAACAAAAUGGAAAUAAAAAUGAGGAUAAAUUAAAAAAAAAUAAAAUGAAAAAUGAAAAAGGAAAAAGAUCUAGAAAAAGUAUUUCUAUUGAAUACUCAUUUUUAAACCCUUUUAAUGAUAAAAAUAAUCCCAAUGUAUUACAAAUACUAAAAAAAAAAAAUGAAAAGCCAACCUCAGCGAACAAUGAAUUAUCUAAUAAUUCGCUUAUAUUUAAUGAUAGACAAAAAUUAAGUCGAAAUUCUCUUAAAUAUAUUGAUGAUACCAAUAAUAAUAAAAAAAAAGGAGAUGAUUAUAAAACAAAAAGUCUAGCACAAUCUAUUUUACGUUCUGAAUCUUCUUCCUCUUCUAACUCCUCAAUAGAAUUAGUUCAAAAUGAAAAUGAACUUCAAAAAAUAUUUAUGAAUGUAAGAAAAUCAAUGAAUUUCCACAAUGUUAUGAGUUCAUUUAAACAAAAAAAUGAUGAAUAUAAUUUUUUAAUUCCACAAAAAAAAAGAAAAAGUGUGAGCGAGUCAGAAGCAUACUAUGAUAAGGAUAACUUUUUUGGGAAUCUUUUAAAUAAAUCAACGAAUAAAACAAAAAAAAAUAAGAGAAGAAGCUAUUCAUCAGAACGAGAAAUAGUUUCCAAAAUUGAAAAAACACCAUAUAUUAAAUAUGUUCCAUAUUAUAUUAAAAGCGAUCGAUUUAUCGAUCCUAAAAGAAGUAAUAUAUUUUAUGUAAUUGACCCUAAUGGCGAUUUAAAACGAACUCAAAAUGCUACAUAUCCAUUUAUAUAUUUUAAAAACCAAAAAAAAUCCAAACAUAAAAAUUGGAAUGGCUAUUCUGGAACUUUUCCUUCUGAAAAAACUAUAUUAAAAAAUUUAUGCACAAGUGAUUUGUAUAUAUAUUGUGGCCAUCAAGGUGGGGAACAAUAUAUUAGUAAAAAUGAUAUACAGGGUUCCAUUCAAAUAAAUGAAAAAGAAUAUAUUGAAGAUGAAAAAAAAGGACAAGGGAAAAACAGAAAGAGUGAAAUACACAAAAUUAGCAAAGACAGUGAAAAUAACGAAAAUACCUUGACACGUUAUGAAAAGGAAAAAAUAUAUAUAGAACAGAAAAUGAAUAAUUUAAUGACAGACAGUACUGACAAAAAAAGACGAAGAAAUUCCUGCAAAGUAAGCUUAAAACCGCCUACUUCAAAAACCGGAACAAUGAAAAGAAAAACUGUUGCUAAUUUUAACGAAAUAUACGAUGUUACUGAUUUGACAAAAAUAAGCACCCAAAAUAUCCAAGACUCUGAUUUAAAUAUAAAUGGUGAAAUAGAUAUAGAAGAUGAAAAUGACGAUAAAAAUAUUAUUCAAAGAACACAAAAUGGAAUAAAAUGUUGUGUAUUUUUAAUCGGAUGUAGUUCUGGUUUAGUUUCCUCCCAUGGGUGCGAUUUGGAUGCUUGGGGUACCCCCUAUGAUUAUGUUAUAGGAGGGUGUAUUUUUAUUUUUGGAAAUUUAUGGAAUAUAACAGAUGGAGAAGUUGAUGGAUUUACUCAAAACUUUUUCUGGAAAUGGACUCAACCAAAUAGUUCAUCCUUAUUUUAUCCAAACUGUGAUUAUAAUAAACUUAAAAUGACAAAUGCACGUGAAAUAUCUUUUAAUACUUUUACAAAAAUGCUAAAGAAAUUCAUAAAAACAAAUGAUGAACAAAUAACUGACCAAGAAUAUAAUGGCAAUUCAUCCAUAAUGGUUGAUGACAAUUUUAUUACUAUGGAUUUGGACAUAUAUAGUUAUAUUAAGAAAAAUGAUUUUUUUUAUAAAUAUUUUCAAAACUUUUAUUCACACCCUAUUAUAUUAAAUCAAAAUUUAUUAAGCAUAAAUCAAAAUAGGAAAUAUACUUGGUUAAGUAUCACAGAAGCUUUAGUUGAAGCUAAACAAUACUGUCGUCUACCGAACACAACUGGCUCUGCUGUGGUCAUAUAUGGCAUACCGCUUUGA